AAACUCAACCAAAGCAGAAAGCGUUAGACAGAUGUACCGGUAUACAAUACAUAUCGACAGUUCUAUUAAAAUCGAGCUUCUGAAGCUGAGCAGCACAGAGAGUCGACGAAGAUGAUGAUAUCUUCUGCUUCAUCACACCAUGUUGUCUCUAUAUCUCCUUCACCUCCCUCUUUUCUCAAUUAUAAUCUCAAUUCUCCUUCUCGCUGCUUCUCCCCACUUCCACACGGCUCUCGUUACAGGUCGUGCAAAUUGAGAGUCAAGUGUACUUAUGCAGGAGCAGGGGUAACAGGAGAUAUUAACUCCACUACUAUAGAUGUUGCAGCUGAUAUUAGGACUGAGCAGCUUGUUGUAUUAGGAGGCAGUGGUUUUGUUGGUUCAGCUAUAUGCAAGGCCGCAGUGGCUGAAGGUAUCGAGGUCAUAAGCUUGAGCAGGUCAGGGCGUCCUUCUGACACAAGCAUGUGGCUAGAUCAGGUUACCUGGAAAAUAGGAGAUGUAUUCUACACAAACUGGGAUGAAGUACUUCUUGGGGCCACCGCUGUUGUUUCAACACUUGGAGGCUUUGGCAGUGAGGAACAAAUGCAAAGAAUUAAUGGAGAAGCAAAUGUGGUCUCUGUAGAUGCAGCAAAGGAAUAUGGAAUUCCCAAGUUCAUUUUAAUAUCAGUGCAUGACUACAAUUUACCAUCAUUUUUGCUUUCAUCUGGAUACUUUACGGGAAAGAGGAAAGCAGAAUCACAAGUUCUCUCCAAAUAUCCAAGCUCUGGUGUUGUCUUAAGACCAGGGUUCAUAUAUGGCAAGAGGAAGGUUGAUGGAUUUGAAAUUCCUCUGGAUUUGAUUGGGGAACCAUUGGAGAAAUUACUGCUUGCCACACAAAACUUUACCAGGCCUUUGAAUUCGCUUCCUGCAUCAGAUCUUUUGCUGGCUCCCCCUGUCAGUGUCGAUGAUGUUGCACUAGCAGUGGUCAAUGCAGUUAAAGAUGAUGACAUCUUUGGUGUCUUCACAAUUGAGCAAAUAAAGGAAGCAGCUGCUAAUGUGAAGGUGUAAGAAGGAAGAAGCGAUAUUACCAUGAUGUAUAUGAUUUGUGCGGAAUGAGCAUAUGUCUUGUACCAUACUCUGUGCUCCUUGAUGUAAUGGCAUAAGUAUAUAGAGCUAGCAUCAACAACUGAGAUGAAGACGACUGAUCUUUUGUUGUGAUCUAUGAAAUUAUCGCUGCUUGUACGCUUAAAGAAGUAUAAUGUAGACCAGACUUUUAUAGUUA